AUGGAGCAGUCUGCCAUCUCGCAGAUGGCCCUGACGGGAUCCGUGCAGCCUGAGGUCGCGCAGGAGCAGGUGGCAGAUGAUGAGUUCGACAAGAUCAUGGAUGAGCAGCUGACUGACGACCAGUCCAAGUUCACCCCAGCAGAGGAGAAGGAGUGGUUCAGUUGGUGGCACAGGAAGUCGGUGUACCGAACCUUCGCCAUGCGGAUGAACUUCCUCACGCUGAUCCUCUCCUGCGUGACCUUGGCUGAAGUGAUGCACAUGGAGCACAUCAGGGCUUGGGAGGAUGACCAGUCAAGCAACAGCCUGCUCCACAUCAAGGGCGACAAGCGUUUUAUCGCCUUCCUGGGCCUGCGGAUGGCCGUCUUCCUCAUUUGCGUCGCCUGGUGCUUUCAAGUCAAGUCCCCAUGGCUUCGCAAGAACGCCGCCGACGUCCAAAUUGCGCUCGUGCUGUCGAUGGUCAUCAUCAGCCUUCUCAUCUGGCUCUCCUACAACGUGCUGAUCCUACAUCGGAUGAAGACACCCUACUCGCAGCUGAGCCCUCUGGAGUACAUGAACCAGCAAUUCUCGCUGGUGUUCAUGGUGGCCUUCUUCGUGGUGAUGAACGGCCAGCCCCUGACUUUCCUGGGCUCGCUGGUCUUCAUCCCGCUAGCCAUCUUCUUCAUGGCGAUGCGAGACAAGACGCCCAUCUACGUCUCGGGCACAGGCCGCGUCGUCUUCGUGGGUGUGGCCUGCCUGUCCAGCAUCCUGGCCUACGAGGCGGAGCGCUCCAGCAGGGCGCGGUUCCGGUCCAAGCAGAAGGUCAAGAAAACCCAGGCCAGAAUUGAGAACGUCUUGAACACGCUGAUGCCGGCUGAAGUUCUCAUGAAGCUACGAACAUGCAAGCCGGGCAGUCUGCCAGCGCCAGACCGAUACCAAAAGGCCACCAUCGCACAGUCGGACCUCUGUGGCUUCACGGCCUUGUCCUCCGGAAGGACGCCUCAGGAGGUUGUGGGCUUCAUGGGCGAUCUCUUCGGAAGGUUCGACGUUCUUGCCAACGAGUUUGGGAUCUACAAGGUGGAAACCGUGGGCGACGCCUACAUCGCCGGCAUGGCGGAGACCUGCCUCACGGAGAAGAACUCCGCGCUGCAGGUGGUGAGGUUCGGCAUGGCCAUGAUCCAGGCCACCGCAAAGUGGUCGGCCCGCCUUCGCCAGCGGCAAGAGUACCGAGAUGCCAACGUCCGAUGUCGGGUGGGCGUGCAUCACGGAGAGUGUGUUGGUGGCAUCGUAGGCACGGGGAUGAUGCGGUACCACCUCUUCGGGGAGUUCAUGGGCAUCGUGGACAUCUUGGAGGCCACCUCCAAGGAGGCCGUCUGCCAGGUCAGCGGGGCCUGCAAGAAUCGGAUCGACGAGGAGGGCGAUGUGCCGGACUCCUUAAAAUUUGAAGAACGCCCGGAGGAGGACAAGCUGCUGACCUCCAAGGGCGAGGAGCACAGCCGCGCGGAAGUCGGCGGCCAGACCUACCUGGUGAGACCAGUCAUUACAGAAGAUCGCGUGAGUAGCUUGGAAGACAGCGUGUCCGAGCUGCUGCAGAAGGUUAGAAAGCUGGAGCACAGGAGCUUUGGGGAUGAGUAG